AUGGUUGAGACCUUGGGCUGGACUCCGGCUCCCGAUUCGCGAGGAACACUCAAUAUCCUGUGGACCUGCCUUGCAACGAUGGCGUUAUGCGUGUGGACGGCUGUUCAUCGCAAUAUCCCGCUUGUUUAUAGCUUCUGGACGUCUGUCUUGGAGCGCUUGAGGCUUAUGUUUCUUGCAAUAAUCUUCCCUGAAUUCAUUCUUACAAGUGCCUGGGAUGAGCGACGACAGGCUAAUGCUCUUUUCUUGGAGGUCAAAACAUUGCUUGGGCAUUCGACCAGUGACGUGACUAGCCCAGUACACAGAAGAGCCGCGGACGGCGACGAUUUGACCCUCCUGGUUCAGGCCACAGGCCCAGAUCACCCUCUGCACACGAGAUUCAGCUCCGAAUUCCGUGACGAACACCGAGAACUGCCACCAUGGUCCUUCGAGCACGCGAUCUUUGGCGUCAUGGGCGGGUUUGCGACAGAGACCCAACAGAUUGACGAAGCUGGCCAGAAACAUGUCCUCCGCCGCAUCCUCACACCGCAGGCUAUCUCAAUCCUCGCUAAAGCCGGACGCCUGCCCAUAAUCGAAAGCCAGGAGAUAGAAGAGAGGAGCAAGGCAGAUGUUUUCGCCAAAGCCGUCGUCGUCGGGCAGUGUCUCUGGCUUACCCUUCAGGUCACAGGACGGUUAUUCCAAUGUUUAUCUGUGACGCCGCUGGAGACACACACCGCAAUUCAUGUGGGCUGCGCAAUAAUUAUCUACAUAGUAUGGAUGCGGAAGCCAUACAACCUGUCGCAUUGUGUUGUUGUGAGAGGAACCAACAUUGACUACAUCGGAGCGCUCUUCAACUUCCACGAUAUCAGUCACAAGGUAUACCUUGAAGAGGUGCAGAAAUACGAAAAGGAUCGAAUCGCAUACUGGAAGAAACGCUUCAUCGACUCGACUCGGGGGACGUCGACUUUAGGCCACCACCUGCGCGCCCAAUCCCGAAGUCUAUAA